AUGGAUAAACCGCCGGACUGGAAGGCCGAGGUGGCUGCAAAACGACGACAGCGUGAACGUGAGACCGAUGUGGAACGAAGAUGGCAGGAAGUGAUCGAUAAAGGCGGCGCAGGUGCACCGGAAUGGCUCCGUGAAGCUGCUAUGCGUAAAAAGUCCAUGCAAAAGCAAGAUGACGGAUUGGUCCCAUGGAUGAGAGAGGUGAAGAAAACGAAUAAGGACUUAGCUAAAAAAAUUGCGGAAGUAUACCAAGCUGAACAGGAAGCAGCGGCAAAACAGACGGCCAAUACAGCUACCGUGCAACAACAGUAA